AUGUUUUCAUUAAUACUGAUAUUAUUGAUUGCCACUAUUACCAUGAUCUAUCUAUUUUUGAUUUGGAACUUCACAUACUGGCGUAUUCGCGGUGUAAUAGGGCCAAGUCCGGUGCCGUUCUUUGGAUCAUUCCCUGGUUUAAUAAUGAAAAAUAAACAUUUUGCGGACGACAUCAACAGUAUUUAUAGAAAAUACAACAAAUGUGAAAGUUACGUUGGCGUUUUUCUUCUACGUUCCCCGAAGCUUAUGAUAUUAGAUCCAAAGCUCGUACAUGACAUCUUUGUAACUUCUUUUAAAAAUUUUAAUUCAAAUGAUAUCGCUAAACUGAUUGACAAAAACAAGGAUGUAUUGUUAGGAAAUAAUCCUUUCAUUCUGAGUGGCAAAGAAUGGCGCGAGCAACGUGCAAUGGUUUCACCAGGCGUUACAAUAAGCCGACUUCGAACAGUAUACUAUAUAAUGCAAUCAGUUUCCAAAUCCUGGUGUGAGUACUUGAAACGACAAAUGGAAAUGGAACAUUCUGCUAACGGUCUAAAUGGAAAAGAUAUUGCACUACGAUUUACUUCUGCAAAUAUAGCAAAAAGUGUACUCGGCUUUACCUCCACGGAUCCAAUCAAACCACUCGUCGAAAAUAUUAAAAUGCUUUCAGAAAACAACAAUAGUUUUAUUAUUUACUCAAUAAUGGCAGGUUUAUUUCCCCAAAUUGUGAAAAUAUUCAAAGCAAAAUUUAUUCCAAGAAAAUGUGAAGAAUUUUUUAAGAAACUAAUUCUAGAUGCCUUUAAGAUAUGUUCAAAAAGAUCGAAAAGUCAUCAUGACUUUAUGGAUUAUAUACUUUCGAUAAAGGAGAAUCAUAACCUCAAUGACAAAGAUCUUAUUUCGUAUACAAUGACACUCCUUAUCGAAGGUUUGGAUACUUCGGCCACGGUUUUAUCACACUGUCUAUUUCUAUUGGGACGAUAUCAAACUGUCCAAAAGAAAUUGUUUAAUGAGGUCAUAAGCAACUCGAAAAACGGCGAACUAAGCUUCGAAAGUAUAAAUCAACUUCCCUAUUUGGAUGCCUGUGUAUAUGAGAGUAUUAGAAUUUUCCCUCCUGGUUUGUGGUCCAUCAAGACGUGCACCAUGCCCUAUACGUUUACCAACAAAAGAGGUGAACAAGUAUCCUUGGAUGUUGGUGAUUCUGUAAUGAUACCGAUAUAUGCCCUUCACCACGAUGCUAAAUAUUAUCCUAACCCAGACCAAUUUAAGCCCGAAAGAUUUCUUAUCGAGAACAUAAAUAAACUUAAAAUGCUACGCCAUUUUGGAGCCUUUUUAGGUUUCGGUGAUGGUCCUCGUAUGUGCUUAGGAAUUAAUUUUGCAAUGAUUCAAGCAAAGACGGCAAUCGUAUCAAUUUUACGACAAUUCAAAAUUGAUUUAAGUGACAAAUGCACACCUUUUGUUAAACUGGAUCCAAAAUCAUUUUUAACUCAACAAGACGGUGGGGUUUGGCUAGAUUUUCAGGAUAGAAAUUAGGCUCGACCAGACAUAAAAAUAAAUUCGAACAAGUAUUUUCCAUUAUCCCUCCAUUACAAAUACAUUGUGGCAUACAUAAGAAAUGAAAUAUAUUUACAAUUGAAUUUAAUUAAGUGUAACUUAACAAAGCCAUUGACAUCGAAAUUUCAUAAAAAAUUGUUCCGAACUUACGCUGGCAAACUUUGGUGAUUUGCUCUUUAGAAAAUUCUACUUUGCAAAUUGUCCUUGUUCGUCGAGAAAGAAUUUUACUUUUCCAUUGCAACUCUGUCGGAAGAUCAAGUGCUAUUGGGAAGUUAUUAUGUUUCUCUGGCUAUAAAACAGACGUUGUGAUGAAGAGGUAUAUGAUGUACCUACCGGAUUGAUUCGAUUUAGUUCCUAAUUCUUGCGAGGUUAUAACUAACGCUCCUCUUCUAAUAUUUGCUGUAUA